AUGACACCUUCCAAGAGGUGUGCAGGAUAUUUUGCGGUGUUGCUGCAGAUCAGCUUGCAGAAUUCUGACUCUCAGACAGACAGACGCUUCUCAGGCACCAUCAGGCUUAAGUUCACUCCUCGCCUGAAGUUCUCCAUAUGUGUUUUAGGUGACCAGCAGCAUUGUGAUGAGGCCAAGGCUGUAGUUAUUCCCCGCAUGAACACUGAGGCACUGAAGAAACUCAACAAGAAUAAAAAAUUAUUCAAGAAGCUGGCCAAGAAGUUUGAUGCCUUUUUGGCUUUGGAAUCUCUGGUGCUACAAAUCCUGGGCCCAGACCUGAAUAAGGCUGGCAAGUUCCCUUCCUCAAAGACCCAUGUUAAGAACAUCGUGGCCAAAAUGGAUGACGUGAAGUUUAUGAUCAAAUUACAGAUAAAGAAGGUGCUGUGUCUGCCAGUGGCUGUUGGCCAUGUGAAGAUGACAGAUGAUGAACUUGUGUACAACAUUCAGUUAGCUGUCAAUUUCCUGGUAUCAUUGCUCAAGAAAGAGCACCAUGGGUUACCCCCAGAGCUUGGAGCAAAUACUCAAGCUCCAGGAGGGUAUGUGAAGUUAAAGGACAAUGUGGCUGUCCAUGACCCUCAGCAAACCAACUCUCUGGUUAGAGUUCACAGUGACUGGUCCAUGAAGAUGGCCUGGGAACAGACUUCCAAAGGAAAACAAAGCCAGGAGCUAGACCUUCUGGCUCCUGACAGGACUGUGAGAGAUAGAGUUGAGGAAUGGAUCACAGGAGUUCUUUCUACUGGCUGGCCCACAUCACUACAACACUUCUAA